UCUGCUCCUUGUGUGUACGAGAAGGGACGCUACACGUCAUUUAUCAUCUCUACACUUGGCACAGUCAAAUUCAGCGACUUCUCUGGAAUCGUUUCACUUCGUCGAGCUGAAUCGAUGGUUGAGUUGCCGCGGCAGUUGACUUGAAGGGAGUCUCGGAGGCAUCCUCAUCAACGUGAGCGAUCUGCCCUGUUUUCCCAAUCAUUUGUCACUUAUUCAGCUGUACGGAUGCUGAAUGUGAGGUUACGUGAGGUGUUCCUCAUACUCCUGAGAGCCCAGUCUUGCAGAUUCAAGUUUCUUCAAGCUUUCGACAUCCUUCUUUUCCUACAUUUCGCGUCUAGAACCGCCUCUGUCUUACCAGAAAGAGAUUCACGUCGAAUUCGUUAUUAGAAGAAGUGAAGCCGAACCGGAACUGGAGCCAACCGGAAUUCCGUCUGCUUGGCUUCAGAUCCCGUUCUGUCGAUGUAUUGGCUCAAGAGUCUAUUGCGCACUUAGUCACUUCUCUGCUUCUGAUUUGGAGAGAUUGCAGAUAGGAUACCUGUGGACUGUAAUCCGCCUUUCUUUAUUGCUGAAAGCUCCCGCUUCAGGCACCUGGGCUGCCCUCGUGGAUGUCAAUGGAUGCAUGGUUUCGUAUACCAGCAACUUCCUGUUCGAUAGCUCAACUCUCAAGUUUACAGAAGUCAAAAUAACUGGCUCGGGAAUCUUAGCCAUCUGCGCCUAGAGCUGAGACGCUGGACGAUAAGAACUGCAAUGAUGUUGAUUGAAGCGGCAUUUUGUGCUUCCACUGAUUCGUUGAUCGUCAACUGUUUGACGCAGAAGUAGAUGCGAAUAACAUUUCCCGACUCUGUAAUCAGGAAUUGCGAGUUUUGGUCCCUCCAGAUUCUUGAACUCCUUCACAUCAGAAGUAGAUAUGUUCAGAAGAUGCGCUUGUUUUCAAUGCGGUAAAGAUUCCCGAGCUUCUCCCGAGCGUAAGAUGUCCUCAUGUGCGCCACCGGUUACUCUCUCGGAUCAUGGCAACAAGGUUGUACUGGAAAACGGAAUUGUUAAAGUCACCAUAUCCAAGCCCGCAGGGCUGGUUACUUGUAUUAGCUACGGAGGAUUAGAUAACUGUUUAGAGUCUCAUAAGAAUGAGAACAGCCGAGGGUACUGGGACUUGAAUUGGAGUGAAACCGACGCAAAAGACAUCUUCAAUGUACCUUUUGGAGCUGAAUUCAAAGUUGUUCAAUCGAACGAUGAUAUCGUUGAGCUUUCAUUUGUUAAGCCGUUCGAUGCCGACCAUCAACCACCCAUGGCACCUCUUUCCAUAGACAAAAGGUUUGCCAUGCUUCGAGGAUCUUCAGGAUUCUAUUCGUACGGCAUAUACGAUCAUUGUGCCGGAUGGCGUGACUUCAACUUGAAUCAAACUCGGAUCGUUUUCAUGCUCCGCAAGGACAAAUUCAAUUACAUGGCACUCGAUGACCACAAACUCAGGCUGAUGCCUUCUCCUGAUAAUAUGUCCGACGCACGAAGCCAACAGCUGGCUUAUAAAGAAGCGCGUCUUCUCACGGAUCCCAUCGAACCGUCUCUAAAAGGAGAGGUGGAUGACAAGUACAUGUACUCCUGCGACAAUAAAGACAAUAAGGUGCACGGGUGGAUGUCGAAGCACGACAUGAUCGGCUUUUGGAUGAUCACUGCCAGUAAUGAGUUCAGGAAUGGAGGUCCCCUGAAACAGGAUCUUACUUCGCACACUGGCCCUGCGUGCCUGUCGAUGUUUCACAGUGCUCAUUAUGCUGGAAUCGACCUCUGCCCUCAGUUUAGAAACGGAGAAGCUUGGCGCAAGGUGUUCGGCCCAGUCUUCAUAUACCUCAACUCCAAACCCGGUGGAACGAACGUGCGCGAUCUUUGGGAGGAUGCGAAACAUCGAAUGCUACAAGAAGAGAAAGCAUGGCCGUAUGCGUGGCCCGCCUCGGCAGACUAUCCGAAGGCGCAUGAACGUGGACGAGUGUCAGGCCGGCUCCUCGUUCAUGACAAGUACGCGGUGCCAAACAAAUUGCGUUCCGCCACAGAUGCAUCUGUAGGACUAGCAUUGCCGGGACAGAAAGGAUGCUGGCAAAAGGAGAGCAAGGGCUAUCAGUUCUGGACUCAAGCAGAUAAGAAGGGGAACUUCACGAUUCACAAUGUUCGUCCUGGAACGUACGAUCUUUAUGCCUUUGUUCCUGGUGCAAUUGGUGAUUAUAUCAGAGAAGGAGGUCCUAUUGUCGUCAAUCCAGGUGAUGACAUACAGUUGGGUGCCCUUAAUUACGAGCCUCCAAGAUAUGGGCCUACCGUGUGGGAAAUCGGUGUUCCUGACCGCCACAGCAUGGGCUACAUUCCCGAUCCAGACCCGAAAUAUGUCAACCAGCUUUUUGUGAAAAACGAAAAGUUCCGCAAUUACGGACUUUGGGAACGGUACAGUGAGCUUUAUCCGACAGAAGAUCUUGUUUACUGUGUGGGAACGAGCGACUGGACGAAAGAUUGGUAUUUUGCACACUGCGGCCGGAGGGAUUGUAAUGGGGAGUGGAAACCAACCUCUUGGCAGAUUAAGUUCAACCUGUCACAUUGUGAUGCGACUCAGGGUUGUUACAAGUUCCGAAUGGCAAUCGCCACCUCGAAUCAAGCGGCUCUCCAGGUCAAGGUGAAUGAUCCGUCUUCCAAAGCUAUCUUCGACACAUCAGGGAUUGGCAGGGACAAUACGCUUGCAAGACAUGGCAUACAUGGCAACUAUAUGCUUUUCGAGAUAGAUAUUCCAGCAGCGAGGUUACACACGGGAGAAAACUCAAUUUACCUCAAUCAGAGGAGAGCUACGGGCCCAUUCAGCGUAGUGAUGUACGAUUACCUGCGCCUGGAAGCACCACCGACCUAGGCAGACCCACAGUCUUCAUGAUGGAGUUGUGGACAAGCAUUUCUGCACCUAUUUUCACAAGCUGCCCUUGUACUGGAUAGGACAGUAGAUGUAAAAGGGAGGUUUUUGCCAUUCUCUUCAUCUAGAGUUGAAAAUUCAUCCUCUAGAUGAGGCAAAGUGCAUCACAUAGUAUGAGACGUUCAUCUCAAUGAACUGUCCAUACGGGGUGGUUACUUAGAGAGUUGUGUUUCGCUUAUAACAAGCAUGCGGAUCUAGUAAGCAGGGUUUAUGCUCUUUUGAUACUGGGUGCUAGUUAGAAGGAGAGAGUGGAUGCAGCAUCUCCCAACCUCAAAGUCAAUCUAGUGACGGAAGAAUAAGGAGUCGCGCACUGCUUUCUUCUCGACAUAAUUCCCACUUGUUUUAGCGGAGAAGCUUUGGUAUCGCGUUGGAGUCAAUUUGAACUGCAGUUCGUGCUGGAGGCUGCAGAUAUGAAACUUUCACAGUUUCAAUCAAGUUUUCGAUCAAGUCAUUAUUGCAAUCGA